UGAGAGUUAACAUCACAAGGAGAAGAAUAUUAUCAUUGAAAGAAUUCUGGAGAUUCAAAAGUUCCUGUACACAAGAGGAGCGAAUCACCGCAGAGAUGAUGUCAGCCUUUAUGUUUUGGCUGUUGUGCUUCAUUGUAUGUUUAGGUGAAGCCCCCCCAGACACAAAUCAAACUCCAGCUGAAGAUCCCUCCACCAAGAACCAGCCUCCAGUGACUCCCAACUUUACUACACAGUCCACAAGUUCCAGUAAGACCACCACAGUUACAAAACCCACCAGUUCAGCCUCCAGUGAAACUGCUCUUUCUAUCACACCUUCAUUGACUCCCAACUUUACUACACAGUCCAUCAGUUCCAGCGAGACCGCCACAGUGACAGAGCCCACCAGUUCAGCCUCCAGUGGAACUACUCUCUCUAACACACUUUCAUUGACUCCCCCCCUUACUACACAGUCCACCAGUUCCUGCGGGUGGAGUGACCAAUCGUCCACCAGUCCACCAGUGAUGAAGACCACCACAGUUAUGCAACCCACCAGUUCAGCCUCUCGUGGAACUACUCUUUCUAAUACUUCAUAUAAUCUGACCUACAUUGAUGAUCCAAAAACGUGGAUUGCAGCACUACAAUACUGUCAGAAUCAUCACAAGACUUUAGUGCACAUUGUAAACUCCACAGUGCAGGAAUUCGUCACACAGAUGCUGCAGAAUAAGAUCUAUCCAAAUGGCGUGUGGAUUGGGCUUGAGAGGAACAUGCUGUUCAUGUGUGCCCCAUGGAUGUGGACUGGUGGACCCUAUGUGAACUAUUCUGAAUGGCAUUCUAGCUUUCCAGUGGACCCCACCAGUCAAUACUGUGGCAAACUGGUUAACAAUGGAAGCAAAUGGCUGGAUGCUUGUUGCAGUGAGGAGCUCCCUUUCAUCUGUCAGCUCAGUUUGAACACUUAAACACCUCUUU